UAACACACACACACACACACACACACACACUGUCAUGGCGAUAGAAACUCUUUAUCCUUCAGUUUCAUCUUCAGCAGCUGACUCACUUUAUAUUUCAGUCAGUCAGACGUUAAAACAACUUUGUGUAACGUUUCCACCAGAAACGUCCCCGCAGACUGUCUAAAACCUGGACGUAGUCUCUGUGACGUCCCCGCAGACUGUCUAAAACCUGGACGUAGUUUCUGAGACGUCCCCACAGGACCUUCGUGGUGAGGCGAGGGGGUCUCUAAACGUUGCUGUGUAUAGUUGAAAAAUAAAGCGGAGCUUCUAUUUCUGUCUCUAUGUAAGGCCUGAAUCUCUUCUCCCGUUUCCAUGGUGACAACAUCCCAGAGACAGAGGCUGAUGGUUGCUGUUGGAGUGACAUGUGUGAUCACCAUCUCUGUCUGCAGCACUGCAGAGCUGCGACACACACACACACACACACACACACACAUCAAACUCUCUGCCUGUGGGGCUAAACUCAGGGCAAACCUGCCCCUGUGCAUCCUGUGCCGCACUCCCCGCACGGCCCCGCAGCAGCUUGUAUAAUCUCUCCGCGCUCUGCGUGCCGCAGUGGAGGAAACCCCCUCUCUCCUCUCCGUGUGUCUACGUCUCUCUCCCGCCUGUCCUUUUAUGGUAUGGGGAUACCCGCACGUCACAACCGGAUGCAGCCCAUGUUUGGGCAGCUACGAAAGCUCGCGGCGGGAGGGAAUCCCUCGCGCCGGUGCCGACCAAUGAGGCCCGGCCUGGAGUUACCUAAGAGACGGAGAGUAUAAAAAGGACGGCGGAGACUCAGAGAGCAUCACCGAGCAUCACCGACACCGACACCGACAGACAGAGCUCCGGGCACGGAUUAAUAACGAGGGAAUCCCCGUUUAACGCACACACACGCACACACAAACAGGUGUCACCCGCAAUGCUUCUGGAGCGCGAGGACAGCUUCAUGUCGGAGUUUGAGGACGCGUGCAGCGCCUGGGUGGACAGCGUGGGCUCGAGCCGCAGCGACGGAGCGGAGGACUCUGACGUGGGGUCACCUUUCUGCCCAGUCUUCUCUCCGGGAACUGACGCCUCUGACUCGGACUUCUUCUCCGACUUCAGCGACUGCUCCUCGGACACGCUCUCUCCCUCCCUCGGCUACACCGGCAGUUUCUUCACGGACCCCCCGGAGCCGGUGCCGGCAGCAGCGGGGCUGAGCAGCACCGCCGACGCGAUCCUCAACAUGAUCACGGAGAUCGUCGGGAUCUGCACCGAGAUGGAGCAGCAGGGCGACACCACCUCGCCCCCGCUCUUCGCUCCAUCUCCUCCCCUGCCCGCAGCCCAGCAGCUGCCUCCCGCCUCCGUUUCACACCCGGUGGUCGUUAAGAGCGAGUUCGUGACCUCCAGCUGCAGCAGCGCGUGUGGACAAUCUUCAAUGACCGGGAAUGAUGCUUUGUACCCGGCCAGCGCCGACUCGCUCCUCCCGCUGUCGGCUCUGGAGCAACAACAGGUGGAUGUGGCUGAUUUUAUCGACUCUCUGCUGAGCUCCGAGGCCGGCCAGGGCGAGCUGAAGCCCGGCUGUGGAGUGAAGCAGGAGCCGCUGGGGCUGGAGGACUGGCUGAAGAGUUCGGCUGCUGCCCCCCCGGGUACCGGGGGAGACCCCGGCAGCUACGUCAUCAGCAGACCGGCAGUCAAGACGGAGCUCGUGCAGGGCGGGAGCAGCCUGCACCUCUCCCCCUCCCCCCUCCCCUCCACCCUGGACGCGCACCUCCUCAACUCCAUCCUGCAGGGCGCGUUCCCGAUAGUCAACAUCAGCGGCGUGCACGCGACGACAGGAGCCCCCAAAGUGCCACGCGGGGGCAGGAGAGCUCCCGCCAAGAGCGGCCUCAAGGUGAAGCCGUUCCCGUGCUCCGUGCAGGGCUGCGAGCGCCGCUUCUCGCGCUCGGACGAGCUCAACAGGCACGUGCGCAUCCACACGGGGCAGAAGCCCUUCCAGUGCGCCAUCUGCGCGCGCAGCUUCAGCCGCAGCGACCACCUGACCACGCACACGCGCACGCACACGGGGGAGAAGCCCUUCUCGUGUGACGUGUGCGGGAAGCGCUUCGCGCGCAGCGACGAGAGGAAGAGGCACGGGCGCGUGCACGUCAAGCAGCAGCUGCGCGCGCAGAUGAUGGCCGCCUACUCCCUGGCCGUGAACGCGCCUGGCGUCUGAACGCGAGCGGUGAGGCCGCUGUGGAAACAAGUUCAGGAUUUUAACCGGAAACCGUCAGAGAGAGACGUGACGUCACACUGCACCUGGAGCCAGGAAGAGGAAAUGCUGUUUUUAAAGGUGGCCAAAGGGGGCGGGGCCUUCAAAGUCCAGAUUGUGGCUCGUGUCUUGGUGCAUGUGUGCGGUUCACAGGAGGACUAUGGGAUCCGAUGAAGACGAGGGUCCAGGUCUGACCCUGGACCGGCUGGUUAAACCUCCAGAUUAUCGCGGUGCUGUGAACUUUAACCAAGAAGCUUCUGUGACUGGAGGUCUGUGCUGGUCUGUGCUGGUCUGUGCUGGUCUGUGCUGGUCUUCCAGGAGCAGCCUGUCCACCUGAAGGGACACUUUUGCUUGUACCGUACUGAUUCUUCUGCAUGAGGCCGUGAAGACGUGACGUCAUGUUCUUUGAUAUUUUUAUGUCUUUCUAUUGGACGUCAUGAGAAGCUCCAUGUUUGUAACAUAGCUCUAUUUUUCUAUCCGUCUACCUCUUCAUGCCGCGCUGUCUUCAUCACAGUGUGUUUAUGAACAUAUGAAUAUAUAUUUUAGAGCAGAAGCCAGAUUUCGAUGGCGGCUCGACGUGUCCUCAUGUCACUUUUCUAUGAAAUGAUUGUGAAUCUCCUGAAUGAGCUUUAUUGUAUAAUUUUCAUUCUAAUGUCUCGGUGCCGUGAAAACAAAGAAAGCACAGAGUUGAACUGAUGCAUUGUGGGAUAUGUGUCCUGAACUGUACAGAUCAAAACAAACACACCAGCUCAGUGUCAGCUGAGCAGCACACAGUGCACGUCAAUGUUUCCUCGUUCUGCAUGGAGCUCGUCAAUAAACGAACAAACCGACAGAGA